GUCGAUGUUGAACUUGAAGACGAAGCUUGUUGAUGUCUUUGUAUCUUCUAUAAAAUUUCUCUUUUCACCUUUGUUUUUCCACGACUUGACACAUGCAAAAUGUCUGCUGCCGAUAGAUCCAUCCGCUCUGUCUUUGUGGGUAAUAUUCCAUAUGAGAUAACGGAAGAGAAAUUGAAAGAUAUCUUCUCAGAGGUUGGCCCGGUGAUUAGCUUCCGUCUGGUCUUUGAUCGGGACACCGGCAAACCCAAGGGAUAUGGGUUCUGCGAGUACCAGGAUCAAGAGACGGCUCUCUCUGCGAUGAGGAACCUGAAUGGCUAUGAGCUCAGUGGGAGGAGUCUUCGGGUGGAUAAUGCUACCAGUGAGAAAAACAGGGAGGAGCUAAAAACUGCACUGCAGCAGAGUCAGCCUCCCCCUGAGUCUCCCUAUGGUGAUGCUGUAGCACCCCAGGAAGCCCCUGAAGCCAUCUCUAGAGCUGUGGCUAGCCUUCCACCAGAGCAGAUGUACGAGGUCAUGAAACAAAUGAAGAUUGUGAUUCAGAACAACCCUGUUGAGGCUCGUAACAUGCUCCUACAGAACCCUCAACUUGCCUAUGCUCUGCUUCAGGCCCAGGUCGUCAUGCGCAUCGUGGACCCAAAUGUUGCCAUGACCUUGCUUCACAGACAGACAGAUGCACCCCAACCACUGUUCCCUCCUGAAUCUAAUCAAGGUCCUGGACCUCACCAAGGACCAGGUCCUCAGGGUAACCAGCAAAUGAUGGGAGGGAACCAAGGAAUGGGUAUGGGUGGACCAAGACCUGAUCAUCAGAUGGGUCCAGGUGGGCCAAGAGGAAUGAAUCCUAAUAUGGGCCCAGGAAUGAAUCAGGGGCCCAUGGGACCACGAGGGAUGGGUCCGCAAGGGAUGGGACACCAAGAUAUGGGCAGGGGUGGUAUGGGCCCACAGGAUAGGAACAUGCAGGGAGGUAUGCAGAGGGGUGGCAUGGGCCCAGGAGAAAUGAUUCGGAGUGGCAUGGGUCCUGGAGAGAUGAACCGUGGUGGCAUGGGCCCAGGAGAGAUGAAUCGGAGCGGAAUGGGCCCGGGUGAAAUGAAUCGGGGUGGCAUGGGACCAGGGGAAAUGAACAGGGGAGGUAUGGGCCCUGGAGAAAUGAACAGGGGCGGUAUGGGCCCAGGUGAAAUGAAUAGGGGUGGCAUGGGCCCUGGAGAAAUGAACAGGGGUGGUAUGGGCCCUGGAGAAAUGAACAGGGGCGGUAUGGGCCCUGGAGAAAUAAACAGGGGCGGUAUGGGCCCUGGAGAAAUGAAUAGAGGCGGUAUGGGCCCAGGGGACAUGAAUCGUGGUGGAAUGGGACAAGGAGAAAUGGGCCGUGGAGGAAUGGGCCCCGAAGACAUGGGCCACCAAGGCAGGGGUCCAGGCGAAAUGAACCGCGGUGGCAUGGGUCCGGGUGAAAUGAACCGGGGCGGCAUGGGUCCUGGCGAUAUGAAUCGCGGCAGCAUGGGCCAACAGGAAAUGGGCAUGGGAGGUCCUAGGCCAGGGAUGGGUAUGAAUGAGAUGGGUCGAGGGGGUGGGCCGGAUAUGAACAGGGGUAUGGGUCCUGGGCAGGGUCCACAAGGAAGGAUGCAUGGAGGAAUGGAGCAGGGUCGGAUGAACAUGGGUCCAGGUGGAGGAGGACCUGGAAUGAGCCCAAACAUGAUGAGUCAAGAAAUGCAGAUGACCCGUGGUGGUGUGGGACCAGGCCCAAGAGGUGGACCAUCAGAGGUCCAUGAUCCCCGGAGACAGGACCCCAGGGGACCAGGAGCACGAGCCGAUGGACCGGGCGGAGCAGGGGGCUUUGAGAGGGGUGACCCCCAUGGCAUGGGGAGCAUGAGGCCCGGUGGAAUGGCAGCAGGAGGUGGUGGUGGUGGUGACCCACGCAUGGCUGACCCAAGAGCAGCUGAUCGCUCAGCCCUCAGUGCAUCUAAUCUUUCUCAGCUUGCCCAGAAUAUCAACCUAUCCCAAACACAGCCUACUCAACAAGAUCAAGAAAAGGCCGCCCUGAUCAUGCAAGUGUUACAGCUUUCACCUGAGCAGAUCAACCUUCUUCCGGCAGAGCAGAGGGCUAGUAUCAUGGUACUCAAAGAACAGAUCUCGCGUAGCCAGGGAGGGUUGCCAUCUUAGACCAAACAAACCCACAUUCUUCAUCAUGAUGGCAUCGCCAGGAUUUCAUCGUGCGGGGGGGAGCAAAUCUUCAACAGCAACCACUUUAUGGGCAACCAUUUAAUUUCCUAAUGGUAGAUGCUUUAUUUGUUGAAUUCGUUCCAUGUUUUCAACUAAGUUACUUGAUGAUAAUCCUACAUUGUGGAUCCCACGCUGUUAUCAGUACCUUGUUUGAUCCAUUUGAAAUUACUUGUCUACAUUGUGCUUUAUGUUCUGAAGGUACAUGUGUGGUACAUCAGGGCUCGACAUAAGCAGUGGCCUGGGGCAACCAAAAAUGAGAGUCGGGCCACCAAAAUUCUGUAAAUGCCAAGACUUGGUGGCCCUGUUGGUCUACCAAAGAUUUGAUAAAUUGUAAUGUUUUCUGUUGUCUUAGGGCCACUAAAUUUGCUUUGCAGGCUACCAAAAAUAUGAAAUUGAUGAGUUUGGUGGACCAAUCGGGCCACCAAGUAAAAAAGUUAAUUUGGAGCCUUGAGUACAUAUUACAUA